CCAACGCAACAAUCUGCCACUGCUCUUACAUCCGGAUAGGUCCCAAAUACCCGGGCUUGUCCAACACCGGAGAGCAUUUACUUCCAGUCGCACUUCUAGCCUGCAUACCGAGCUACACUACAAUGGCUCCCAGCCAAGCUACCGAGGACUAUUACAAGUUCCUCGGUAUACCCCAGUCGGCAGGAACAGAUGCGAUACGUGCCAGCUACCGAAAGCUUGCGUUGAAGUAUCAUCCAGACAGAAAUCCAAACAAUCCUCAAGCCACAGCUCAGUUCCAGCUGCUCGAGGCUGCCUACUCUACUCUAUUUGACCCUGAACGGCGACGGGUUUACGAUCUACAAUACGAGUCAAUCAAACGAAAUUCAGCAACAGAUAGUGGCAAGAACCCGCCGCCGCCGCAGUCGAAUAGCAACAACUCCGACCAGCUAUACAAGAUACAGAUAGCAAAGCUAGAGGCGGCAAUACAACAAUUACGAAAUAGGGAGGAUGAACUUGCAAGUCAAUUAGCCAAAGCAAAGAAGGAGCAUAGCAUUAGCCAGGUAGCCCUCGGCAAAUUACAACAGGAGGCAGAUAGAGUAACAAAGGAAGAGGCCAACAGAAACAGCUGGUAUGGUUAUUUCUUCGCCAAGAAGCAAUCGGAGGAAGAGAAGCAAGCGGCGCAGCGGCGCAUGGUGGACAAUAGGGCCGCUCGAAGUGUGCGAGAAGCAGAACUGAAACGUCUUGUGGCCCGUGUUCUCACUACUCAGUCGCAGCUCGAUGAUAUCCAAAGGCGGGUGCGGGAGAAAGUGGACGAAAGGCACAGAUUGCAGAUACAGGAGAUGAAACGGCAGCAAGACAUUCGACUAGCCGAACUGAGGCGACAACAAGCGAUGCAGAGAGAAAGAGAGGAGAGGGCGCGAGAAGACGCAGAAAGAAGACGCAAGGAGGAACAGGCCGAACGAUUGCGAAAGGCUCAAGAGGCUGAACGCGUAUGGAGGGAGCAAGAAGCUGAGAGAAUACGAAGAGCACAAGAAGCUGAGAGAAUUCGAAGAGCACAAGAAGCCAGAUACUACGAGGGAAAAUGGGACGACGGGGGAAAAUGGGACGACGGGGGAAUAUGGGACGACGAGGGAAAUCCGGACGACGAGGAAAGUUCGGACGACGAGGGAUAUCCGGACGACGACAUUUUGUUCAGAUUCUGGGACGACAUGCCAAACAGGAACUUCUAUAGAGAAGAACCACGACAAGGUGCAAGCCAGACAAAGGCCAGGGGCCAAAGGAGCCAAAGAGGGCAAGGACCUAGAGCGGGAAGCUCAACUAGCGGACAGUCAGCGAAAGGACCAGAAAGACGGAAAUCUUCCUGUCUGCACAGGGCCUGGUGGGCGGAGGUGGAGGGACGCCACGAAUGCGAGCGAUGUCUAGAAACGACCCGCCGUUUUGCGUUUUGCUGCCCGGGCUGUCAUAUGGUCGCCUGCGCUGGAUGUCGCGAUACUUUGAAAAGAGGAUGGUAG